AUGGCAUCUGAAUCCUCUGUUUCCAUCGGUGUAGGUAUCACCCUUGCGUUAUUCGUGUUAUUUGCCGUCUUACUCAUCGCUUUCGGAAUCUGCACCAACGAUGGUAGUGCAAGCAACUUCGGCCCCGAUAGGGAGGCGCGCGUGGCGCAGGCGCGACGGAGGCACCAGCUGGAGCAGGAACAGUGGCGUGAACGGCGGCUUCGCGAUGUCGUUCUGUUGCUAAUUGAGCGUGGUGAGGCUCAAGAGGGAGUGUCGCUCGCGUUUCAGCUCCCAAAUCGGCCAGAGGUCAGCGCCAGGAGACCACUUCGCAACCGCCGUGGCCCUAGCUCACUGAGACAGAAUCUCGCGAUCGAACUUGCAAACGAACAAGAGAACAGUCGUCUUGAUCCAGAGGCACUAAUGAUUGCCCAUAGACCCCUAGAAGAGCUUCUUGCGAACGGACGGCCAGUGGAUGCCGACCCAGGCCCGGAUGUGAUGCAGAUGCUGCUUGAUGGGCAAGAAAUUCAGCAACACACGAGCAGUGAAGACGACAGCGAUUUCUACCCCGACGAAGACGAGAUGAGGAUAACGAGUACGACGCCGUUCCUGAGCCAGCAGGUGAACGACGAGGCGCUAUUGGGCAGAGGCGGUGGCAGACCUAGCGACAGCGGGAGAGCCUCACCAACGCCGUCGCCAAACCUCGAUCCAGCGCAACAGCAACAGCAGCAGGGCGAUGGCGCUACCACCAGCAAUGCUGUGGGGACAGACGCCGAUAUAGAUGCGCGUACUGCGGCCAUUCUUCUGGAAGAACAGCGGCUCCGCGAGAACCGCGAGAAGGCUCUUCUGAUUGAACUCGGCCGUGAGAAGCGACGCAAGCAUCGAAAGCCGGCGGAAGAUGUGUACGGCGAAGGCGCUGAUUACGAAGUCAACCCCGCAAACAAACGCUUUCUGCGUAUCGAUGCGUCGGAGAAUUUCAGCUUUCACACUCCGCUGAUGCGUUUCCUCUCCCCACUCAAGUCGUUUCGCGGAAGCCUAUCUCGUACCGGGCGGAAGUCUGCCUUCGACGGUCUCUCUCCGCAGGAGUCGUACAUUCAACAGAAAGAAGACACGGCCAUGACAAAAUCUUUCGCAUCACGAAAGCCGAAAAACUACAGCUUCAGGGAGCCGCACUUCUGA